ACGUUUCAUACUUAACUACAGCGCACAUUAUUUGCUAUUAAACUAGCUAGCUAGUGUUAACUAACUGUCUGUGGUGUUAACCCUGUUUAUUUGUUCUUUUUCUUCUUGGUAAUCGUUUUCUGGCCUAAGAGUAAAAUGUCCGAGCCCCCGGAGCAGGAGGACUUUGAUAAAUGCUUCACCGUGUUUGACGGCUCUUCUCCGGAGGACGUGUCCCACGCACGGCAGCUGUGGAGCUCAAUGUCUCUCCUGCCGCCCUUGGAAUCCCGGCUGGUGUCCGCGGACAUCAGUCAGAGACUGCCCGUGUCCCGGACGCAGCGCAGCGGCAGCAUCAUGUCCAAACAGCCCGUCGCGCAGCCGCCGAGUAUCCCUGCUCUCCGGCAGAGACGGGAGGAGAGGCAGCGGUAUGUGGCCAUGGCGGACCAGAGGAGGGAGAUCCUGGCUCUGCUGAGGAGGCAGAGGGAGCAGAGGAUCCAGAAGGAGCUGCUGUCUCUGGACUUCAAACCUAACUUGAAGUUCGGCCGAGAUAAAAUAUUGAAGAUGCAAAACCCCCCAGACUCUGAGAUGGACGACAAAGAGCUGGAGAAGCAACUGAAGUAAAGGACCGUGAUUAAGUUUUUAAAAAAAUAUUUAAAAACACAUUA